AUGAAUAAGCUAUACAUUGGCAACGUGAGCGCCGAGGCGAGCGAGGAGGACUUCGAAACUAUCUUUGAGCAGUGGAAGAUUCCGCACAGUGGUCCAUUUCUUGUCAAAACUGGCUAUGCGUUUGUGGAUUGCCCGGACGAGAAGUCUGCAAUGAAGGCCAUCGAUGUUCUUUCAGGUGGGUACAAAAAAGUGGCAUUUGGAAAGACGCACGAACUGCUGUAAUUGUGUAGAGAUUGCCGUUACUCGGGUCCUGUAGGGUGGGGGUGUAUCCAAGCGUUUCUUUCUCUCACACAACCUUUACUUGGCCUUUUGACACCGUGGGCUCAGACAAAUAGCUGCCCUGGGUUUGAGUGAAAUUAUGCCUUUGUAAUUUCACUUGAGUGUUGCUUGAUAAAAUGGUCGAGUAAACACAACCAUAAGGAUGCGAAUACUAAGGCUUUCCUAAUGCAGGUUGUGUGCCGUUCAGGGCAGUGGGGCGACUAUGCAGCGGGCUGUGAACGCCGUGAAGUGGACCUUUUUGUGAGCUUUAUCACACAGCCCACUUUGGCACAACAGUGGCAGAGGCUGAGGAGUGUUGCCUGCUUUAACCAGCUAUAGUUUGAACUUACUCUCUUGUCCAGGUUUCAAACUACAGGCCUUCUGCUGUGUCCACAACUCGCUACAUUGUGAAGCCAUUUCGCCCAUGCUGACACACCAGGUGGUUUAAUUGUGCUGGUCAAAUGUAGGCCAACUAACAGAGCCUUGCGACCGUUUCCUUUUUUGUAGUAUACACCACGUCUCGUGGGUUGUUAUUUAUUUAAAGUAACGCCUGUUCAUACAGGCUACGUUAGGAUUUAACUUAACUCUGUUCACAUUACGUAUUGGGCUAAAACCUAGCUUGUUUGUGUCCUCGUGCAGUUGGUGUCUCGCUCACUUCAAUAACUGUGUUGCUUACAUCACACUGUGUUGAAAUUAUCCACGGCUAUAACGUGCAGGCAAAUUAAAGCACACUAUACAAAAUGAAUAUAAACAGUGAGUGUAAACAGACUUCCCACACGCCUGAAAGUGGGUCAGUUUAAUCAAAUUAACAGCUGCAUUUUUUAUUAUUUUUUUUAGGUAAAGUUGAACUUCAUGGGAAAGUUCUUGAAGUGGAGCACUCGGUCCCUAAACGUCAAAGGUAGGUCGAGUUUAAUUUUGUAGUGUCUAGUUCAACUCGUGGGAAGUGUAGCUUUUAAUUUCAAAUUAUUUUCUGCAGGAUAUUUUUUCCCCCAACUCAGAAUAGUCUUGGAGAUGCUACUGCUGAACAUAAAUCAGCGGUGUGGGCGAUUUUCUUGUAGAUAUAUGCACUAUGUCUCUUUUCCUAAAUGCUCUGGGGUCAAAUAAAAGGGGCGUAUGGUGGUGUACUCCCUCCUCUCGCCAUGGCUGUGGGUGCUCCUGAAACCACCGUGCACAUGCCUGUAUCUUGUCGCCCAUCCCCUUGUAUUUCAUGUAUAGGUUUUGUACUUGAACUAAUGUGAGCUCAAACCUCAGGGCGAUAACUAAAAGGGUGGGUGUGCUUGCUAAAAUGUGUGCAGAGUAAGUGCAGGCGUACAGGCCUUGUGAAGUCGUCCAUUUGAGAAGGAUCUGCCCGUCAUUCUCCCUGCUUGCCCUACGCUUCCGCCCUCCUCUGCACAUUGUGCUGCUGUUGCAUGAGAUGGACUCCCAAACGCGACUGGAAUGAGAGGUUUGGGGCCCAAGUCACUGAAGACCUGAACUCCUAAGUUACCCCCACGUAAACACACCGGGAUGUGGUGUUUCAGUGUGUGAUUCACUCAAAGAGUAGCAAAAGUGUGUUUUUAAACUCAUCGUAAUGUUAUUUGCUCUGAGGACGUGCGUUUCGGAGGCUUUUUGGCGUUGUGGCGUAUAUUUUCAUAGUGACGCAAUUUUCUUAUAUAAUUAAUAUUUGUCGUAAAUUAAAUGAAAAUGGCUCUUGCUUUGUUUUUAGUGUUUUUGUUUCUACGAGGCAUUAAAUGCAUGGCUGUAUCUUUAAAAGUUGGUUCAAAUUAUCCCUGAUUCACGUAAAGUAAAAUGUCUGAUUUUUCAUGUCGAGGUGAAAUGUGUGGGCUUCCAGAUAAUUCAACAUGGCUUCUUAAUUAAAUAAAAAAAGUGCUGGAAUCUGAAUUUAGUCAAAGCAGGAGAUUUUUGGACACAUUCACGUGUUUUCCACCUGAAGGUCACACACGCUUCCUCUGCUUGUAUGUUGGCUGUUAGCUUAAAUUGUAGCUUGGAUAAAUACCCUUAAUAAGCUACGUGAUGAGCUGUGCGUCAAAUCUUGACGCCUUCCUCCAUAUUUCCCUGAUCACGAAAAGCUGGUGACGUUGCUGAGUGUUAGUGCAGCCUGCAAUGGCAGCACCAGAGUCGAGUUUCAGCCACACUUCAAAAAAGUAAAAACGUGCCCUCCCUGCACAACAUGGAACAUAGCAAUAGUGAAUGGGAACAGUAUUCUGGGUUUAUGCUACACACACACACACUCAAUCACACACACACACACUCACACACACACUUGUACACUGGGGCCCCUCUUUGCAUUCCAACCUGCAAAUAUCAACUGGGGGCUGGGCCAAUCACUGUGGCUUAACCUUUGAACCCCCCAGGAAGGGGAAGUGCUGUAGCAGACAGAGAUCAAGGAGGGGCGGCUGCAGUUUUUGGGGCUCAUAAAGCUGGAGCUGCGUGGGGUGAUGUGCACUAUGCUAUUGUGUUUGGCAAUUCGCUCUGGCAAAAAUUCAUCUUGAUAUACAUUCCUUUUGAAUUGGACAUGGUUGUGGCCCAAAGCCCACUAAAAUUAUCUCCAGUGUAUUAGCAAAACAUCUGCUGCUUUCUGUGGUAACUCCUGAAAAAUGAAACGUAUGAAUUAACAGCACAUUAAAACACAAAAACAGGUCAUUUCACACAUCUGGUUUAUGGAUAUAAUUAUUAUCAUAGUUAUAAAAUCUCAGCCAUAUUAUCAACAUAUGUAUACCACUUUGCUGGACAUCUCCAAACGUAUUAUUGGCUUUUUAAAAAAAAAAAUGGAAUCUGGUAUAUAAAGAUCACACCCACAUGUUCUUGACAAUGUCCUAAACCAUUUUUUUAACUCAGAGGACAAGUGUAUUGCAAACUAAAAAAAUUGGCAUCCACCAUAAUCUAACAGGUGUAUUUACAUUAUUUAAAAGCUAGAUUUGAAUAUUUUUACUGAUGUGUUUAAAAAGGCAUAAUUAAAAUUCAACUGAAUUAAAAAAAAUUAUUCACAAAAUACCUUAUUGCAAAUACUUUCUUGACUGAGCAGUUUCCAUUUUUAUCUUAAUUUCUAAAAAUAUUUAAAAUAUAUUUUCCAAUUUGAGUUGGUUUUAGGAGUGCCGGUUUCAUGAGCUCUGACUUGACCUGUGUCUCCUCCUGUUGGAUAAAUUAACAUGUAUGUAACUUUCCCUUCCUCACGUGAAUAGACUCGCUUGGUCACAUGUACGGAAAGAGAGAAAAAAAGCAUGGCUAUAGGAGGGGUGGCCCCAAGCGUGUGAGCGCAUAUGUGUGUAAGCGUGUGUGCAUGAGAGCAGUAUAGAAACGGAUGUGUAUCAUGCAUGUACAACACUGAUUUCUCUUUCGUCAUACGUAGCGUUAUAGUUUUGUUUUGUGAAGUGGCAGUAUUUUAAUUUUUUUGCAAAAAGCUCUAGAGAGAAUAAAUUUAAAUUAGGGCGGUGGGUCAGACAUUAUGGCUGCUGUUCUUUAGAAAUGGCUUCUUGCUCUUUUUCAAGAGCUCUGGGUCAUAGGGUCACUGUGGGGCCCCACCUGCGAAAAUCCAGGAUUUGGGACGAAGACUCGGGGUGCCAUGGAAAUUAUGAAUGUGGCCCCUUGUUUAACUCGGACUACUGGCAGAAGUCUCCAGCUCUCCCUCCUACUAGGCUCAAAUCAGUGUCAUUGUGUUUUUAGCCUGCUCUUCUGUACAUAUUUAAUCUAUCGUCUAUGUGGCGGUGAAGAAGAAACACGUGUCAUCUGUACAGGGGUUGAGUCAUUUUGAACUGUUGACAUUCAGCUAAUUGGAAUUCUCUGAAGGGAAUUUCAACCAAUCCACCCAAAAGUGUUGAACGUAGCUCACUGGGUGCAUUUAAGGCCUGUGAGAGGGCAGCGGAAACCAGACUGUGUAGAGUUCAGUCAUUCAGAACCUCUGCGUGCUGAAUAGUCAAUGGCUGUGGAUGGAUGGGCAUUAAGCACAGAUCUGGAGUGUCCCACACCGUCCCUGAUGGUGCUGACGUAGAUCACAAAAGCAAAGAUUGAUAAAAAAUGGAGUUGAACUCAGGUGUGGUUUAGUCUUGUGCUGAUCUUGUGAGUUUCCCUGUGGUGUGUGUUUGUGUGCGUGUGUAUGCUUGCAUAUGUGUCUACGCACGAUCUCGUGUCCUCAUGGAGGAGGCCCAUAGUGUUAGCUGAGUGGCGGAGAGGAGGGCGAAACAUGUCGAAUAUUUGGUCCAGUUUUUAAAAGUAAAUAAGGAGCCGGGUCUCCUCCUGGCCAUCACAUGACGAGCCAACCCCAGUCACUUCUGGACCUCCCCUCCUUCCCCUCCCUCCCACUUUUAACCCCGCUCUACAUGUUCCUGUCAGUGGACUUGUCCGUGUCCAUGGUAACAGGGCCCCACCCCCACCGGGCAGAGAGGGCCCUUGUUACCCUUGCCUGAAACGGGGCUAGCAGGGCUAGUUUCCCCCCCAGCCCACAUACACACCACACCCCUCUUGCACCGCCACCCCCCUUCCCCAAAUCAAAGGCUGGGACUGGGGAAUGUAUACCGACCCCAACCCCCUCCCUGCCCCACACCCUGGCUGACUUCUUCUGUGUGUGGAGCUAUAGGUUAAUCCGACUGGAAGUGCUUGGUGCAUUUGCACAUUUCGCAUGGCGUUCCCACCGCAAUGCAGAGCAUACAGAAUGUGAGGGAAGGGGGGGGGGUCAGGAUCAGCUAGGAAUGGCACUGUGGGCCGGAAAGGGCUGGGAUUCCUCUUGGAAGUUAUUUGGGAAUUUUCUUUACUAUUUGCCCAUUUAGAAUGAAGUAGUUCCCUAAUGUCUCAAAUUAAAUACGCCGUUGAGCUCCUCUUUGCUCGAUCAUGGUCGCACAGGCUAAGCUGAGAAAUCUCAACUGCUGCAACAAACCUUGUUGCACACGUUUGGCGUGUUUGCAGAUGUUGUGUAAUUUUUAAAUUUUUUUGAAUAACCUUUUUUUGUCCUUAUUAAAUUUGAAUUCAUAGCAUUAAGUAGUUUAUGGAGGCUGCACAUUGUAAGGUGUUAUCUUCUACACAGCAGAUUACAAAACAACCAUUACAAGUGGAGCAAGUAGAUGAGCUGCAUUUUUAGACAUCAUUUAACAGCUCACUGAAGCCUGAGGGAAAGAACAAGAGACGUGUGGAGUGUUAGCUGUGUAAGUUUUUACACAGGAGGCACAAAAUUGUGUCCUCAAACUAUAGAGGCUAAAUGAGCUGCAUAUGUAUCAAGUAUGUGCAGGGUGAACGUAAGGCCGCUGUUGAAAUGGGUUGGGGUCAGAGUCUGUGAUUCCACAUUGUGUGUGUUCACGCUUGAGUUCUCUCUCUCAGCCAUAUGUACAUUUUGUUCCUUUAGGUUUGUGUGUGUGUGUGUGUCAGCGGGCAGGGGGACUUUGGAGCGGCCUGCCCCCUUCUCACAUUUUUAUACAACAUCCACAUGCAGGCGGACACUUGUGAAACUCUGUGACUCAUUGAUCCACAAGUUCCAUUGUCUGCAUGACCUCCGCACACAGCCAGUAUACUCAUACGCAUUCAUAACAUGGUGCUGUACACAAACUCAGUAAAUGGGGAACCUUCAAGCUAAAAGGGUGAAUUGGGGAUGUUUGUCCUGCUUGUUUCUAGCACAGCAGCACCAUUGUGGCUGCUGCUCUCCACUUGCGUCCGCUGUGUGCACACACUCCAUAAACAAGCAUGCAGUUUUGAUCCUUCCUAUGUAGUGUGACGCUGCCGGUGGAGAUUCCCCUCGGUUUCCUUUUUUUUUUUUUUUUUUAUUCUGUUUUUUUUUUUUGCACCUGCACACCCUUCCUCCCCUUCUGACGCCCAUUUCUGAUUCAACAGCUGGACGCUCCUGGUUGAGUGUCUUAUUGGUUGGAUUCACAGCGGUUGAACCCCUAUGGUGCAGUACUUCAGAGCACAUCCUUGACUCGAAACGUGUAGACAAAACAUUCUGAUACAGCAUAUCUUGCCUUUUUCAGCCUGUUUCUCCCCUCGCUCUGCUCUCCUAUGACUCCUUUGUCCACCCUGUUUCCUGCUUAUCUUGUUCGUCUUGCCCCAUGUGAUACCAGCAGUGAUUUGGAAUUAAGGGUGUGGUGCGUUUUAGCUUAAUUUUAAUUUUGAGCACCCUCAACUCAAUUUAGGUCGCCCAGUGGUGAUUUUAAAUCGCCCCUUUGCCUGCUUUUUCUCCAUCACUUCCUCCCUGGUUUUACCCAGGGUGCCUCAGUGCACCUGCUGGGUUGGGAAUGGAAUUAAAGCAGAAGUCAUAUCUGCAGCUUCUCUACCCUGGUCUGUUUCACGAGGAAGGCUGAUAGGGGGAAAAAAAACCUACUGUGUUUUUGUUGUCCUUCAUUUUGAUAAGACACCUUUACAGUCAUUUGUAUCACUGUGCCUUUGGUAUUAUCAGCUACUAACUAUCUUUUCUCUCCCUCUUCCUCACCCCCAUUUACCUUCAUCAAUUCCCUUCUCCUCCCUCCUCCCUUAUCCAUCCCCCACCCUCCUCCUCCCUUGUUCUCCCUCCAGGAGCUGUAAGCUGCAGAUCAGGAACAUCCCGCCUCACAUGCAGUGGGAGGUGAGUGCUAACGGGCUUCUGAAUGCUUCCAGGGCGGGGCACCAUCGGGCAGUCCAACUGGGCACUCGAUUAGUGGCCACUGGAGUCACCUCUGCUUCCUUUUCGGGUUUUGCUUGAGUUUGAUAGUGUGUUUGACAAAGGCAGCAGAUGAGGCAGGUGCAACACACCAAGCGGUGGGUGGAACUGUGAUUGUUGAAGCAGAACUGAUUGCAAAUACAAGUUGGAGAUGUGAUAAUGAAGAUUGUAAGAUGCAAGUUUAAAAUGUAGCUGUUCGGCCCAUCAGGGGAUCCAGUUUGAAUUUACAUUUGGGAAUUUUAAAAGGAUUACAUAAGGAAGGUGUAUAGUGAAAGUGGAAGUUCACACAUGAAGACAAUUACAGCAGUCACGUGGUCUUUGUAGCAGGAGCUACAUGUGUUGGCUACCAGGAGGCUUGUUAUUAAAGCACAAAGAUUCCUUGACUGUUGAGUUGAUUUGAAUUGAUUCUCGACUUGCACCGGAUCUGAUGUGGGGGGAAAAUGACGUAAUUGUUCUGUCAGGCAGUCUUUUGACACGAAACUGUACAAUCUGGGUUGAGCGCUGGUGCGUAUUUAAACCAUGUGUUUCCUCGCAGUUUAAAAUAAAAGCAAAACAAACCAAAAGAGUAUUAUUGAGCUGUAAAACAUUGAUGAGAUGAGAGGUUGGCGUGGCCACUUGUCGACCAGAGUGUGUACGUCUUCCCGGGUUUAUCUGCUAUCAUUUUGCUUUGCUCCUGUCAAAUUUAGACAGUUGAUUUGAUAAGGCUCAUUUGCGGUUAUAUUUGUACGGCUGUCAUGCAAGUUUUGGGUUAAUGAAGGUUUCCUUGUGUCUUUUUGAUAUGAAUUAGAUUGACAAAAAUUAAAUUAUUUUAAUGAUAUUAAAUCAAGAAUCAGGAUGUUAAAAAGAAGCUAAAAGUUUGAGGCUUAAAUUUAAAAAUAUGACUCAUCCAAAAGAAAUUAAACAAUGAAUUAAAAAAGUGUUGUGGAGAGUAAUGAUUGAUAAAUAUCCAAAUAUGACAAUCAUUAAUGCAACACACACCUCAAUUUACAACUUUAUAUACUUGACACACAUGGUGCAACUCUCAUUCUGCUUAUAUGUGUGAACUUUCCAGUGAUCCAACUGAAUUGACUGAAAAAAAUAUAUAUUUUCCUCAUGUUUUAAAAAAGGGCUAAUUUUAUUUCAAUAAUAUCAAACAAAAAAAUCCUUAAAUUGCUCUUAAAAAUAGUGGCUGCACGCAACUUGUUAACUGACGUUUAUGCUAAAUUGUGUGGGUCAGUAGAACUAAAUUUGGAUUAAAUAGAAGCUGCACCUGUUUGUAUUUUAAAGCAGAAAAUUAAACCCUCAAAUUUUCUUUGACCGAUUCUUUAGACAAGCAUUUUAAAUAGUUCAUGUGUUACUGUCUGCUCCACAUAACCUGAACCCAUGAGCUCGUGGCUGGUCUGGGAUUAAAACUGAGUUUACGGUGUAAAAACUGCAGCUCAAGGUCAGAGUUAAAGUCAAAGUCAGUCACAUUUUUUUUUUUCCAGGAAGGGUUAAGGGGCAAAAAAGAUGCCACGUAAAAAUGAAAAAUAUCAAUAGAGCUGGUGAGCUGUAACGUGGUCAGAUUUCAAGGCCACUGCCUGAUUAGAGAAAAAAAAGGGUUAGUGUUGAGCAACAGUCUUGUGUCAGUGCGUGUGUGUGUGUGUGUGUGUGUUGGUGUGUGUUUAUUGCAUGUCUUUUUCUCCCUCUGUAUGUGAUAAGAGUUUAAUUUAAAAGUCCUCUGUAAUGCAGUGUCAGCGUGACAUUCUUCUGAUUUUCUGAUCCGCUUGGCACAUCUACACGUUUUUGCACUCUUAUAAAUUUCAGCGAAACCUGUUUUCAGAAAUAAUUUGUGUCAAACUUCUUAUCCCACUGUUAACCUCCAUGUGGGAUCUUAUGUGCCAUGAAUGCAGUUUUACGUGACCUUUUUUUCCCCCCUCCUCUGCAGAGGUUUAGCUUGGUAGCGUACGCUUACAGUGUUUCAGCUCAACCUUCUGCACCAUACAGAGCAUUAAAGCCAAAUGGGAAUUUUCUCCUUGAAUUACAAACCAUUGUUUGUUAAUGUUUUAAAGUAUGAGCUCUAGAUUUCAUGAUUCACUCACUGGUGAUCAAAAGGCUACGGACAGGCUCAGUGUUUUGUAAUGGUGUGCUCGAUUUGCCUACACAUGUCCCUCAACUGCAGCUUCAGAUCCACCCAUGUUCGUAGCAUGUAGCGAGCGAGCUGUUUGCCUUUUCAAAAGGUGACAUGGAGGUUUGUGUCCCUCAGGAGGGGGGAGGGGUUGAAGGAAUGCAAGAAUAGAGGAGAAAAGGCUCUUUUGAUGCAAAGGCCUUGAAUGUAUCUUAUCAGGUAGAUAAGACAAUGGGUCAGAGUGUGUGAAGCCCUGCAGCGAGAGAAUUCUGGUGUUAGUAGUGGCGUGUUCACAAGCUGUAGUGGGUGGGUGGGCCGGAACGGUUUCCCCUUCCCCUCCAUGUGUGCCGAUUCACAGAAUGUGUAGCAUGAACUCGCACCCCUCCCCCAGCCCCUGCUUCCUGCUGGAAUGUACCCCACCCUUUCCUGAAUGGCCUGGAUUCCCAUUGGCCGAGCUGGAUAGACGGACAGGCAGAGAAUCCAGCAAGCAGCCGGCGACUCUAAGCCUGAGGAAACUCAUAACGGUGCUGAAGCAGCCAAUGAUGGAGAGGAGAUGGCAGGGAGGCGGGAGGUUGCAUGCUUGGUUGGUGGGUUGGUGGAGCGGGGGGCAGGGACGCUGUCUUGUUGGCCAGAAAGUGGGGUUGAGCUCUUGGGGGUGUGGCCUUGCGUUGGACUGAGCAUGGUCGGAUGUCUUAGCUUAGCUUAGAACCCUCGCUCCCCCUCUCGCCCACAGUUGAUCACAUCUAUGAAUUGAAAUCCUCUGGUCUCCAGGUUUGGGCAGUUGUCCAGCGUUGCGUGGAAUUUUUAUUUGGACAAAGACCCUCUUAUUUGUUCUUUCUAUUUCCGUAUCUUUAAGUCAACUUCUGGUUUUGAAUUUUUAAAUCCUCUUUUUCCAGCAUGUCAAAAAACCUCAGAAGUCAAAGAGAAACUUAUGAACGUGUGUCCCUGACUGAUUAAAACCAGUGCAUGCUGCUCUGUUUACAAAUUUAAAAUUAAUAUUAUCUCUUAAAAAUGAUGAUUUUACCAUAAAUACGCAGGUUCUUUUUUAAAAUAGACAUUUAGAAGCAGUCAAACCCACUCAACACCCAGAGCUCCUUGUUGGUUCCCAUAGGAGAGGGUCAUAAUUUGAAGUAGAAAGGCUUUUACAAGAAGGCUACAAAUUUCUCUACGUAACUCAACAUUGAACUCUGGGGUUCAGAAUUAAUGGACUGUGUCCUGGCGGUGAGUGGGGCUGGUUCCCACAGAUGAGCUCCUGCUCUUAAACAGGUUCUGGUCAAAUCCCUUCAAAGUCUCCAAUAAUCAUGGCCUAUCUUUCUUCUUCUUUUCUUUCUCUCUCAGGUGUUGGAUGGUAUGCUCGCUCAGUAUGGUGCGGUAGAGACCUGUGAACAAGGUAAAUAUAACUCUUUGCGUUAAAUAUAUUCCAUUGCAUCGCCCCGCUGCUUUAAAAUUUAAUCAUUUAUCCGUAGUGUUAAAAUGCACAGUGAUGUUUUAAAAAAAAUCGCAGGAAAAAAUUACAAAAGAUUGAAUUUAAUUGUUUACCUUUGCAAAAGUAGUCCAAGGUUUUUAAACUGUGUCACUGUCACUGCAUGUGUGUGAAUUGACUCUGCUGUGUGAUCUCCCGCAGUAAACACUGACACAGAGACUGCAGUAGUCAAUGUUCGAUAUGCAGCCAAGGACCAGGCCAGGCUGUGAGUACACACGCACACCGUGCACAGACACACACAGACACAGACACAGACGCACAUGCAGUGUAGUGUAUUCACGCCAUAAAACCCCCGCUCAUCUGUCUCCAUGCCUGUGAUGUGGAUCUUCUGUAGUUUUUUACAGCCUCCUCUUCUGGAAAUGACACCAACUCUCUCUGUCUAGUGUUCUUACAUUGCACCUGAUUUCCUCCUUUCCAAAAACCAGUCCACUUUAAUUUGACAUGCAAUGAUGAUGGGGAUGGGAAGAGGGGGGGGGGCAGCAGUUCAUGUGUGUUUUGUCGGAGAGGGAGGGGGUUAAAUUAGCCAUCUGGUGCCCCCUGGUGUAGAUGAAUCUUACUGCAGUGCUGCUCUGCACGAGUGGUUGUAGGAGUCUCCAAGCAUGAUUGAUUGUUUCAGUGCAAAUCUAAAUCCUGAUGCUGACACAGCAGACAUGUUUUGAGUCUGGAUGCUCUUGAUGUUGGAGUGAAUUUCUAUUGGCUCAUGAAAAAGGAUGUUUAAACCGCUGCCCCUCUGAUUUGUUGAGCUCGAGUUUUUACCCUCAUGUCCUUUGUGACCGUCACUGCUGGAAUGGAGUGUAAUCUUAUGCAGUACUCUCAUGUUUGAAAAGAUCCUUGCUCCUUGGAUACUGAGUGGUAGAAUAGACUGUAGCCAACCCUAAAGCUUCAUAUCCAUUACCAUGACUUGAUUUCAUCCUGCAUGAUCAUUUCCCUUUACCUAUCGAGAAGCGAUCAGGAGUUUAAAAGAUGUUUCUUGAUUCUCUACAGGGCGGUGGAGAAGCUGAAUGGGUCUAUGAUGGAAAACUAUGCCUUGAAAGUAUCGUAUAUCCCAGAUGAGACAGCAGUCCAAGAAGGUCCAUCAGCAGGAGGCAGGAGAGGCUUUAACGCCCGAGGAACCCCUCGUUCCGGUUCUCCAGGUCUGGGUGCCAGGCCCAAAAUGCAGUCAGACAUCCCCCUGCGCUUGCUGGUUCCCACGCAAUUCGUCGGGGCGAUCAUCGGGAAGGAGGGCUGCACAAUCCGCAACAUCACCAAACAGACUCACUCAAAGUACGUAAACAGAGGUCAGAGUUAUACUGAACACUGCUAAUGUGCUGUUUACUCUGUAUUUGAAAUACCACCAACUUCUGUCCUUUCCACUUUGUAUGACAAAGACGCUCAUGGAUAAUGAAAACAGGAAAAACUUUGAGAGAUAAAAUAUUCAUAAUUUUAAAAUCAGUGCAAACCAGCUCCUUUGAUAACAUUUUAACACUGUUCACAGUAUUUAGUACUUGUCAAAAUCCACAUUACAGUCUUUUUUCAAAAAAACACAAUAUAAAUGUAAAAUCAACAUUUUGAACAGAUUUGGUGCAUGUUUCUUUUUCAAGGAAGACCGGUCCAAGAACAAGCAAACACGUAGUUUCAGUCAAAUUAAACCGAGUCUUUGCAUUAAAGAUUUAAAAUCACAGAGCAUUACCCAAGUUUGGAGUGAAGUCUAGUCUGUAAGUUAUCCCAAGUGAAAGUUGCAGAAAACCUGGAGGCUAUCUGUCCAAGGAACGAAGGCUGCAUGUCCUGUCCUUGGGGACCAGGACAGAGGAAAAGGUAGACUGGGACUUUGCCCAGAAUGGCCCAAUAAAUAAAAGUGUACCAGUGCGGGAGUCGCCUUGUGUUGAGAGCAGGCCACUUAACUUUGACAUAAAGAAACACUGAGGUGGAUCAGAAAGCCACAGUCUGUAAUAAAUCUCAGAGCACCAUGAUGCACACUGUCCCGCAUAUGAAGGCUCUGAACAGUGGCGUGCAUGUGUAACACAUUACCAUAAUCAUCAAGGAUUGGUAAAAAUGCACUCUCUUUUAACACUGAAGAAGAAGGACUUAUGUGUAAAAUAUAAACCCAACAGAACCUUCAGCUUCUUGUGGCCAUAUACUGAAUGUGCCCCUUAAAAGAUGAUAAGUAUUUAAAAGACGAAACCUGUUUCAUGGCCGUCUUUGGUCAGAAUUUUCUCCGACAGUGCUCUGUCAGUUUUUGAGGAUGUAAAGACCAUGAGUUUUGUGUCGUCUGUCACAUAAAAUCAGGAAAGGCUCAUGUCUCACAAAGUGACUCAAACAAGAGGACUGGAUCAGCACUUAAUGAGCAUGCCUUACAUGUAUAUUGCUCAUAGUCUCAGAAAGCUCAUAUGCCUGUGGCCAGUGUGGUAUCUUCUUUUACAGUAGGACAGAAUGGUUACGUCAAGCUUGCAGAAAUCAAGAGAGUACAGUCUACAACUCUGAGACAAUUAGUAUGAUUCAGUAUGAUCCAACCAGCUGAGAACACUGUGACAUUAAAAAUUCCCCCCCAGUGGCCUAAAUUUCAGUAAUUAAGCCUCUCUUGAAGCCCAGAAAACGAUUGUUUUUACCAUAUUGUGAGGUUGUAAUGUCUUUCAAAAAAGGUAACAUCUAAUUGGCUUCUUUGUUCUGCAGUUCAGUGAGUUUUACCCACAACACACCUUGUGAUUCAUUUCAACACAGGCAGUAGAAAAUGUUUCAUGUGGUGGAGAUCAUCGUUCUGCAUUUCACAGCAGAGUUUGUCCUCUCAGAAAGAGGAUUGUUGAAAGUGCAAAGUGACUUGGGGAGUUCCCCAAGGUUCAACCCUCGGGCCUCUACUUUUUUUAUGUAACUGUACCACCAAAGACUGCUUACCACACAAGUUAUGCAGAGAAAAAAAAGAUUUCAGUUCCACCAACAUGUGAUGUAACACUGAAUAUAGGCAGUGAGGGGAAAAGCAAUUAGUUGUGUUCGAGUUUCUCAGUCAGACUUGAAACGAAGAGGUUUUUACGGUGAGAUUUGUGAUAAGAAGUUACUUCACAGCCUUUGGUGUCAGAGUUAGGAAACCCAAACUUGUUCAUAUUGGUCUCUAGCUGAUUUUACUGUGGUCUAAAUGUUCUCUGUAACAUCAUAACUUUGAUGAAAAGCUGAAAAAAACAAAACAGAAUUGUAUAAAAAAUAAAAAACAGCCGCCUGGAUUUGUGCACUACAUAUCCGGACUAAACUCUCAGAGAUCCAGAGAUCUGAUCAGACUCUGUUCUUUUAAAACAGGGCUCAAUAGAAAUGCUCAGCCAGGCAAAAGAGUCCUCAGCAAACUUUGGGAUGACUUGAUUAUAUCAUGAUCUACACAGUGAUUGUUCUGCAUUACAAAACUGUGUUACACUUCCAUUUUUUUCCCUUGUUGCAUCAUUUUUCCACAAGUUCUUUUCAAAGUUUUCUUUUUUAAAAAUGUAUAGCUUUUCUCUGACUUAAUACCUCAUGAAAACUCUCAAAAAACUGCGUCAGCUUGUUGCUUAAAGGUGCCGUUAUCUGUCCCGUCUCUCUACAGGAUUGACAUCCAUAGGAAAGAGAACGCAGGUGCAGCAGAGAAGCCCAUCACGAUUCACUCCACCCCUGAAGGCUGUUCGAGCGCAUGUGCGGCUAUCAUGGACAUCAUGCAGAAGGAGGCCAUCGACACGAAGUUGUGAGUUUUGAGACGUAAAAGAAUCAAAAGCGUUUUGAGAGUUUUUCUUUGGUUUAACUGGGUCCAAAAUCCUCUGAAAACCUUAUUUCUAGCACAGAGAUUUACAUAAGUUUUCAAAUUUAGCCGCCUUUUUGUGGCUACUUUUUCAAACAGUGUUUUCAUUGUUUUCCUCCUAACAGCUCAGUUUAAGAAUAAUGUCAGAUGGUAUGUGGGAAUGGUAUUAAAUGCAUGCUGUGAGCACACGAUUAUUAGCAAAGUUGAGUGUUAGAUCAAUGCCAAGAACUCAUUUGUGAGGCCGUUAUUCAAACCUGAAGGUACUUUUGAGCUUUUAAGUAGUUUAGGGUAGACAGAAAUAAGCCUCAAGCUUCAGCUUUUCCUUUUUUUUGUCAUUGAAUGUGCGAACUUUAUCGUGUGAAAUGGAAAAAUGUAAACUUGCAAAGAAAAUCCUUGUAUUUCUAAAUUUAAUAUUCACACAUACUCUAGAUUCUCUUUGAAAGAAAUAGUCAUUCAAACUAAACAAUUAUUGUGUCUCGUUCAGUACUGAGGAGAUCCCACUGAAGAUACUUGCACACAACAACUUUGUAGGAAGAUUAAUCGGUAAAGAAGGAAAGAAUCUGAAGAAAAUCGAGAUGGAUACGGGCUGCAAGAUCACAAUUUCAUCGUAAGACUUUUUCUCUUUUCUUUGUAGCCUCUGCAUCCCAUUCAUGCUCAAUACAUAUUUAAUGUUGUAUUUGCCGUGAAACUCGCGCAUCACUUUUCUUAUUAUUAUUCUCUUUAUUUUAUUGUGUAGUUUGCAGGAACUGACUUUGUACAACCCAGAGCGGACCAUCACAGUGAAGGGCCCCAUUGAGGCGUGUGCCAGAGCUGAAGAGGAGGUGAUGAAGAAAAUCAGGGAAUCGUACGACAGUGACAUGGCUGCUAUGAAUGUAAGUAUACUCGGUAAAUACGAAAAAAGGCUUUGCUGCAUGAUGGAGAAUAACUUCACUCAUCACUGGUACACACAUCUGCUACAGAAGCCCUUUGUAUGCUAAAUUACUGUGAUAUUAAUGCACAAAAUGUGGCAAACUCUUAGUCCCCUCUGCUUAAAAAAAUCUUACACUGCAUGACCACUUUGCUAUAUAUUUAUUUUUUUGGAGCAAAAAGACUGAAAACCUGGGAUAUUUGAUUAAAGCUGCUGUAAGGAAUUUUAGAUGUGUUGGUUUUUGGUGCCCCCUGUAAGCAACAAUGUGGAUGUGAUCACUUCUAGUCUUGUCCUGUACAGCCGAGAUGGUGUUUUCUGCCUUAAAAAAAUCUAUGCAUGCUUCCUUUAAUCCUAAAAAAAUUGCCCAAUCUGAAGAUUUCAAAGAUGCUUUUUCUUCAGUCGUCUUAAAUGUUCGAAUAGAUCCUACUGUGGCUGCCUUUUAACCAAAGGCCUACAGGUGUGCACACAGGUUUAAAUGUGGGAGUAUCUGUGUUACUAUUUCUGCUGUUUUUGGAUUAACAGUGGUAAACCUGUUAGUGUUUAAUUUGAAAUGAAACGAUACGGGGUAUUGCACAGCGAAGGAGGUGAUAUCUCAAUAACAUGCACAGAGGUUGAGAACUCUUAAGAUUGAUCUUCAGUCAGAAAAGUAGCACUAAUAAAAUCGUGACUGUCACUUUUCUAAGUGCAUGCACUCCUGGUUCGCUGUCCGUCGCUCUUUCUUGACCUCCAGCUGAUUAAAAAUCUGGAUUUCAAUAAAAAGCUACUGUGUUUUGAAUUUGACACCAGUUCUAAUAGCAGUAAAUCACAUUUAAAAUUAUGUUUGAGUUCACUUAUUUCUGAUCAUUCUCCAGUGCAUCAAAGUAAACUCCAGACAUUAUAUACAUUAAGUUCAUAAAUACUUCUUACAUGUCAGCAGUCAUAGAAAUUCUGCAUUAAAUCUGGUCUUUUUUUUUUGGCCUAACGCAGAUCACAUCUCUUAAACAGAGUAUUGGAGCGACAGUCAAGAUUUUUUUUAGGCUUAAAUUUUCUAAAAACUCCUUUUCCUCUUGAGAAAAUAGAAUGGAUCAGUCAUACUGUUACAAAACUAAAGGCAUCGUGUAACAAGAAUAAAGUCAUAGUUGUGUUUUAAGGUGAGGAGCUUGUCCCUGAAUGAGAAAUGUGGAGCGUCUCUUUAAAUUGUACUUGGUGUUUUGACACUUCAACUGUCACAGGUGUAAGUAUCAGGACUUGAAAAGACUGCAAAUAUCUAAGUUGUGUGGUGCCCUCCUUUAACACUGCAUUACACUGCUGACCAUUGACUUAAUUGAUGGCUUUAAAUAUGAUUUCUCCAUGACUUUAUUCUUGUAAGAAAACAACCUUGAAAAGUGUGAAUAAUUUUUAUUCUAAAUCUAAAACCUAAAACCCUGACACACACACCUACAUCUCUUGACAUUUUCUACAUACAAUUAAGACUGAAGCAUUAAAGCUUGGCAGAGAGACUCUUAGAAAAAAAAAAAAAAAAAGACUGACUGCCCAGUUUUAAGAAAUACCUUCUCAUAUCAGAAAUCCCACCACUUCAUUAACACAACCACACUGUAUGAACCAGAUCUCAGAGAGUGAGUGCACAUCUGUGAUUUAAUUGUCACUAAAACUGUCCUCCUGUCUCUGCAGCUCCAGUCGAACCUGAUUCCAGGCUUGAAUCUAAAUGCUCUGGGUUUGUUUCCUGGUGGAGGACCAGGUAUGAGUCCCUCCAUGUCCAGCGUCCCACCUCCUGGAGCACACGGUGGAUGUCCAUCAUAUGGAGUAGGUGUCCUUGUCACAGCGUUUCAUUUUUCCCCAUUAAAAAAACGUGCAGACCCAGGAGUGGCUGUGCAUUUGAUUGAAAUCUGUGGGUCAGGUUAGAAAACCAAAGCGGAUUUUUAGUCUUUAGCAACUCUGUUUCUUUUUCCCUUUAGUGCAGUCCUUAUGGGGGUGAGGGGCCAUUUUGGGCUUCUAUGCUGUCGGCGAGCAGCCCGCCCCUCGCUGUAAGUCACCCGUCCCAAAGUGCUUUGCACGGCUUGUGGCUGCUCGCUGCGGGAUUAGGGGGCGGGGUCUGCUACAUGAAAGUUGUUCCUCUAGCUGCCCCUUCAUCUGUGACCUUUUUGGAGAGGCCCGAAUCUGUGUGCUGUUAUGAAUCGGGUGCAUGGGAAGACAAAAGACCUGUAGGGCAACAAUGCUUUGUUUUUAGAUCGGCUUGUUUCUCAUAGUAACGCUUGUGCCAAACAUGUCACAUUAGCAUUUUUUUAUCAAGGUGGAUGUUUUUUUAACAGCAAAUAAUACAUCCUCUGAAAGGCCUUCUCCAGAUUCAGAAGCUGCCAAAUCAAGUUGUUAGUGUGCCCUCAGCUGACUCAUUGAUUGGAUUAUUGGGCUCCAUCCAAAAACUUGUUGUUUCGACUCUUUGACUAUGCAACAGCCUCCUCUGACUGAGCCCAAGUCAAUCACAUAUAAAGAUGAGUUAAGUCUUUGCAGAGAGCUGCCUGUGUUUCUGUAACCUCUGGGUAUGUAUGUCUCUUCUAACCAGCUGAUUUUAAGAGAGAGGCAUGAGCUCUAACAUAGCUUCAAGAUCUGAACUGCUUUAGCUAGAUCCACUGUCUGUAUUUUCUCAUCAGGGGCUGAGAUGAUAAUCUCCUGAUCGCACUAGUUGUAACAUACUUUUUUUCUCUUUUUGCCCAGCAGGGACACCCAGAGUCAGAGACAGUUCACCUCUUCAUCCCUGCACUGGCGGUGGGAGCCAUCAUCGGAAAACAGGGUCAACACAUCAAGCAGCUGUCACACUUUGCCGGAGCCUCAAUCAAAGUGAGCGACACACAGAAAGCGAAUUUCUGAAUCCCAAUGAUAACUUUUCCCCGGCUGUCUACCCACAUUAAUUCUGAUUGAUAGUAAUUGGAGGCAUAAAUGAAUUUCGCUGUUUUUGUUUUUAAUGCUUGCCGUCUGCCUUUCGUCAGAUUGCCCCUGCAGAAGGAAUGGAUGCCAAACAGAGGAUGGUCAUCAUUGUUGGACCGCCAGAGGCUCAGUUUAAGGUGUUGUACCUCAUCACAGCCACAAUAAACUCAUAAAUACACCAUUGCUAGAUAAUAGAAGACAGAACAAUCUAAUAAAAUUUGAUUAUUGCAGCUGUUGAGCAGCCAGUUUUUAAAAUCUCUUUUUAUGAGGAUGAUUGUGACUCUUAACAGCCAGGACAGAAAUGUUUCUUCUUCUUCUCUAGAAAAAUCUAAUAAUCUCCAUUUCCUCAGUACAGCAAGAGUAAUCUGUUCUUGUUCGGCUGCAGGCUCAGUGUCGCCUCUUCGGCAAGCUGAAGGAGGAGAAUUUCUUUGGACCCAAGGAGGAGGUGAAGCUGGAGGCGCACAUCAAGGUUCCCUCCUUUGCUGCUGGACGAGUCAUCGGGAAAGGGGGAAAAACGGUAAACAAAGACACGAUUUCUGUAUCAGUGCGCAAGCUAAACCAACAACAGAAGCUUAAUUCGGCAGUAACUAAAAGUACAUAGAGAAUGAGACUUAAUUUUUUUUUUUUUUUUGCAGGUAAAUGAGCUGCAAAACCUGACCUGUGCAGAGGUGGUGGUACCCCGGGACCAGACGCCCGAUGAGAAUGACCAGGUUAUAGUGAAGAUCAGCGGACACUUCUUUGCUUGCCAGGUGGGUUUGUAUGGAAGAGUGAAGUAAUGCAGUGUCUUUAAUAACUUAGAGUCACAUGACUGUUUGUUCAUAUUCAAACUGUAAUAAGACAGACGGAUUCAGGUGCAUUAGGUCAUCAGGAGUAGUUUGUAUUUAAUCCAGCAGAGGGCGGUGUUGGCGAAACCUGAUCAGAGUUUAUAGCUCAACUGUCAGACAUGGCCAUAACAACCUACUAACCCAUAUUAACAAAGUGUAUUUCCAUUUCAAAGACGGCUCAUGUAGCAGAGUCAUCUAGAGAAACAGCAGACCUUAGAUUUAUGCCACCAUCAACCAAUCAGGAUUGAGUGCUCGACACAGCAGGGUUAAAAGAGGGGGACUAUAGUUCGAGCACCUCGGUCUGUGGAGGUAUGUGGACUCCUCUGUUUGGUAAGAUUUUGUGUUUCCUGUAUGUUCCAGCUGGCCCAGAGGAAGAUUCAAGAGAUCCUGGCCCAGGUGAGGAGGCAGCAGCAGCCCAAGCCCUCACCUGGAGCCCAACCUGCAAUGCCCCGCAGGAAGUAA